AUGAACGAAUCCGUCAGUGUCACCGUUUCCAGGAAGAAGCCGAGCGACGCGCUGGUGAAGCGUCAGCGCGUCUACGACUUCCUGUACGAUCCGGUUCACACGGUUUCCUCCGAGGUGGAUCACAUCCGGUCCAGAGCCUCCCUACACAGAGUGCGGCGAAUGCCUGAGUUCGACUCCAUGUUCAGCAGCCUGCCGCACCACCCGGGCUUCACCCUCCAGCUGGACCCCACAGACCCCGUCCCCCCCUCGGUGGACCGGGCCUGGAGAGGCUACAGGGACCAGCACAGAGAGGCUCUGCAGCAGCUCACCGGGGUGACAAGAAGGGACCAGAGUCAUCGAGGAGCUGAUCACUGGAAAUACUUUCAGAGACCUCUGCUCCCCUCCUCACAGCGGCUUCCCCCUGACGUGAUCUAUGGUUUGCAUCAAGGAAACCUAGUGCCGCCUGGUGGACAGAAUGCAGAACAGCAGCUCACACACGUCACGGUGGGGGUGCAGACGGACUACAGGGAGAGUGAGACCCAAACAGACCCGUACUGCCCCGAGUACGUGAUCCGACCGGGCACGACUCCCACGGAGCUCCUGCAGCUCGCUCCUCUGACCUGGGGUCGCGGUCUGCCCGCUGGCCUGGCGGAGGUGGAGAUGAUCGAGCGGGCCCGGGCCAAACGGGUCUGGGAGGCGAGUCUCCCCCCGCUGGACGACCUGGGUCAGCUGGACAGGAGGAGGCGGAUGAUGGAGGAGAUGGAGGCCGAGGAGUGGGCGUUCAGGGAAAAAGAAAUCCAGAAGCUGCAGGAGUCCCGUCUGGUGGUGCUGACGGACCUGUUGAUGCAGAGAGACGAGGCCCAGAGACACAUGACAGACCAGAGACUGAGACACAGCUACUUAAAGCUCCUGAGCCACAGGGAGGGACAACUACACAAGACCCAGAACCAGUACACCCGCUCUCUGAGGAAACUGCAAACGAAGGGACGGACCCUGAAGGGGCAGCUGAAGAGACUCGGCCUGAGAGACACUGAUUUCGUCCCUCGGUCCCUCCGGGGAACUUUCACCGGAGCUCACAGCAGUGCCUCACAGAAACACCACCUGACCACAUAUGAAGGCCUGGUGGAGCUGGAGGCCCGAUCCUCCACCCCGCUCCGUCAGCUGCGGCUGAAAAGAUCCAAAGACGUCAUCAAGGACGUGAUCCAGCCGUCUGUGAAGAAAGCGUUACAGCAAAUGAACACAUACAAGGCGCUGAGGGAGAAGAGGACGGAGAAGCCGUUACGUUUCCUGGUCAAGAAGGAGAAGCCGGUUCCUCGUCCCACUACUCCCACAGUGGAGGAGCCGCCGGAGGGAGAGGAGGAGACGGAGCUCGCUGUCAUCCACCUGCAGAAGCUGCUGAGAGGGAAAAGCGUCCAGAACGAGAUGUUUAAGGGCAAAGAGAACCACACGGAUCUCAUCCAGGAACUGAGGACGGUCCACGCUCUGCAGAGACAAGAGCAGGAGCUGCAGCAGGUGGACAGAGAGAUGAUGAUCGCCCUGAAGACACAGAGAGACAAACAGAGAGUCGAGACGUCUCAGACCGAGGCGUCCCAGGCCCGAGUGAUCGGCGCAGAGCUGGAGGACAUGUUCGACACCUUGUCCAAGGAGCUGAUUCGCCUCCAGGAGGAGCGAAGGAUCCACGCCUUCACGCUCCUCGCCGAGAGGGAGCGCCGCAUCCGAGAGGCCGAGGAGAGCGGCAGGAGGCAGCUGGAGGAGUUCAGGCGCAGAGAAGAAGAUGAGAUCUUCAGACAAGUGGUGCAGAUUCACCAGGAAACUGUGGACUUCUAUCUGGAGAGCGUCAUCCUGGGAACUGUGGAGCGGACGGCGGACCACCAGGCCCGAGAGGAGAUCCGCCGGAGGGCGAAGGAGAUCAACGACAUCGUCUACGCUGCGGAGCAAAGCAGGAACAACCUUCAGUCGGAGGAGAUCGUGUCAGAGCUGGUUUACAGUUUCCUCAUCCCAGAGGUGGAGAAGAUCAACAUCAGGAGAAGAGUUCACGCGAGGCAGCAGAAACACUUGCAGGCCGUUCGGAGCAUCAUCAAUGAGGCUGCAGAGGGUUCUGGGAUCCCGCCCUCCUCUCCUCCUUCCCUCCUUCCUUCCCUCCUUCCUUCUGAAACAGCCUCCAUUGAGGAGCCGAGCAGCCAAGAGCAGGAUCAGCAGCAGGAAGCAGAACCUCAACUUCACAGAGUAGAGACCUCAACGACAGCUCCUACCGUUUAA